AAGAAAGCUAUGCUUUCACAUCAGCAAGCUGUAGUAUCCGAUUUUGUCGAUCAAGUUCCUCAAAAGACGAAAAGAAGACAAGCUUUCAAACUGAGAUGGAUCCACAUGUGGUGACAUGGAAAAUAUUUGCAGUCAGCGUGCUGCUGCUAACACUGUACCCCAGCCAUGCCGCUGCUGUCAGUAUGAAGGAACAGCUGGCUGAUUGUCUGGAGGACAAAGACUACGAUGUGCUGCUGCACACCGUGAAGACCGGCCUCCCACACAUUAACACGUCUCAUCAUGUUGUUAUUGUCGGAGCUGGCAUGGCUGGGCUGACGGCUGCCAAGUUACUGCACGACGCAGGACACAAGGUAACCAUAUUAGAGGCUAGUGGUCGUGUUGGAGGACGGGUGGAGACCUACAGGAAUGAUGAAGAGGGUUGGUAUGCUGAACUGGGAGCCAUGAGGAUCCCAAGUUCUCACUCCAUCGUCCGCUGGUUUAUUGAAGAACUGGGGGUCGGGAUGAAUAAAUUUGUCAUGACUGACAUCAACACCUUUUACCUGGUAAACGGGCUGCGGAAGAGGACGUACGCAGUGAAAGCAAACCCCGACAUCCUGAAGUAUAAUGUGACGAAAAGUGAAAAGGGGAAGUCACCCGACAAGCUACUACAGCGAGCUUUGCAGAAGGUGAAAGAUGAAAUCAAGGCACAUGGCUGCAGAGCUGCGCUACAGAAAUACAAUCACUAUUCUGUGAAGGAGUAUCUGAAAGAAGAAGGCUGCUUGAGUCCAGAAGCAUUGAGGAUGAUCGGAGACUUACUCAAUGAACAGAGCCUCAUGCACCUGGCGCUGACUGAGAUGAUAUACAUCCAGAGCGACGUUAGCGACAGCACCACGUACGAUGAAGUGACUGGUGGGACAGAUCUCCUAGCCAAAGCUUUUCUUACUGUCCUCGAUGACCCCAUCCUCCUCAACUCAAAGGUCAAGCACAUCAGCCAAUCACAUAAAGGUGUAGUUGUAUCGUAUCAGACAGGCCAACAGUCCUCUUUGACUGACCUUCCCGCCGACGUCGUCCUGGUAACAACCACAGCCAAAGCAGCCCUUUUCAUUGACUUUAAUCCACCUCUGCCCAUCAGAAAGAUGGAGGCAUUGAGGGCAGUCCACUAUGAAAGCUCCACUAAAAUCAUCCUCACCUUCAGCAAGAAGUUCUGGGAGAGGGACGGCAUCCGAGGAGGAAAGAGCAUCACAGACCUGCCCUGUCGUUUCAUCUACUACCCCAGCCACAGUUUCCCAACAAAUAAGACCAUCGGUGUACUCCUGGCUUCCUACACCUGGUCUGACGACUCCCUCCUCUUCCAAGGUGCAAGCGACGAAGACCUGAAAGAGCUGGCUCUGAGAGAUUUGGCGAAGAUCCACGGCGAGCAAGUCUGGUCGCUCUGCACAGGUGUGGUGGUGAAGAGGUGGAGCGUGGAUCCUUACAGCUUGGGCGCCUUCGCUCUCUUCACACCUUACCAACAUUUAGAGUACGCUAAGGAGCUCUUCAGAAAGGAAGGCAGGGUGCACUUUGCUGGUGAACACACAGCCUUCCCACACGCUUGGAUCGAGACAUCUAUGAAGUCUGCAAUCAGGGCUGCUAACAACAUUAACAAAGCGGCACUCAAAGAGUCAGCUAGAGCUGAACACCACGAUGAGCUCUAGGGUCUUAAAUCUAGCACGUUUCCUUGGUGAUUGCAUUGCUUGCCCUAAGAGUGAGGCUCAUUAUGAUGCUUUUUCCAACAUGCAGCCCUAAUCUGAAUCAAACUGGUGGAUUUUUGGCAGUGAAAGAUGCCUUAAUGUUGCUGGGUAAAAGUAUAAUCAGCUUUCACUCAUUUACACAAUCAAUAGUAUGUGCACCACUAAUGUUCCUCCAAGCUUGAUGUUAAUGCCAUGGUCAUUUCUGUCUGUGUGAUGAAAUAGGUGCUCAAUAACAGGAACCACUGCCAAAGUUUCCCUCUUCUUUGAACAUUUUUUAACUCAUGGUGAAAAACUGCUCCUCCACAAUCACAAGAUAAUGCACAGAAUGCUUCCUUCUGCUGUUAAAAACAUGUUCAGCAUCACUGCCCCCCAAUAAAGAGGUUAUACUGCAUAUUAUUAAAGGGCAACAAGCACUCUCUGAUCUUUGACCUCAAGUGAUGAUUUGUAGGCAUUACAGUAACAUUAAACACAGCUCUGUCAUUUUGAAACCUGACCCUCGUAAGUUAUUACACUUACUUUGGUGGAAACUUUUCUGUCAUGAAUUGCUUUAUAUGUUGCAUACGUCAGGAUCUGUAACCUUUUCAUAAGUUACUCAGUUAGAUAAAAACAUUGAUCCUCCAAUAAACAUGAUCUUCACAAAAUCAAACCACA